CCUGGCCUAGCUUGCGCAGCGAUAUCAGGUUGGCCUUCAGCCCCGGUACGAGUAACACAUCCUUCAGCACAACCAGUCCACCAUCAGGUGCUCUGAAUGCAGCUCGACCAACUCCAGCGACCUUCACUGCAUGUCCGGAUGCUGAGCGCACUUCAGAGAUUGGAGGCGCUCGCACAGCAUCCAGCAAGUCCUUGCGUGGUGUCAUUGUCCAUGCAGCACCAGAGUCCAUGACCCACAUGUCAAGCGGGUGCAAUUCCUCUCCAGCCCUUGCAACAGCUGUGCCACUGUCAUCUUUGUCACACACAUGGUAGAACUGUCCAGCAUUCCUCUCCUCAUUUCGCAUUCCUCUGUCAUCCUUGGAGGUUUCUUCAGCAGGAUCAGCUACCAUG